AUGGACGCCCCGCUCCCGCGCAUACUCACCUUUGCCGCCUCGGCACCGUAUGAGCUCGUCGCCCAGGGCGCCGAGGCCCGCGUUUAUCGCACCACCUAUCUGGCGCCCGAUCGGCCCUGCGCCCUCAAGUUCCGUCCGCCCAAGGCCUACCGUCACCCCGUCCUGGACGCCCGUCUGACCCGCCAGCGCAUCCUGGCCGAAGCCCGCAUCCUCAACCGGUGUCGCCGCGAGGGCGUCUGCGUGCCGGCUCUGUAUGCGGUGGACGUUGUGGGCGAGGACGAGGGAAAGGGCGCCCAAGGCGGCAGCUUGCUGACUGAGUGGAUCGAGGGCGCUCCGGUGCGCGUCUGCCUCAACGCCUGGCUCGAUGACCAUGCGGCAGACACCGCAGAUGCGGCCACGCUCGCGUCUGACCCCGAUCUCGUUAGUCUCAUGCGGCGCAUCGGCUCGGCCGUCGGCCAGCUUCAUCGCGUCGGCAUCGUCCACGGCGAUCUGACGACGAGCAACCUGAUGCUGCGGCCAGAUGCUACCACUGCUUCCGGACACCUCGACGGCGACGUCGUCGUCAUUGAUUUUGGCCUCGCUAGUCAGAGCUCCUCGGACGAGGACCGUGCCGUUGACCUCUACGUCCUCGAACGCGCCUUUGGCAGCACCCACCCGCGCGCCGAACAUCUCUUUGCCGAGAGUCUGCUGGCCUACGAGGCCGCCUUUAAGCAGGCCAAACCGGUGCUUCGCAAGCUCGAGGACGUCCGCAUGCGCGGCCGCAAGCGGAGCAUGUUGGGGUGA